GGGCGGCCCGCGGGGCCGGCUAUUAAUACCGCGGCCGCCCAGCCCGGGUCGCGCAGCCAUGGCCAGCCCGGAGCCCCGGCGCGGCGGGGACGGCGCCGCCCAGGCCGCGAGGGAAACAAGAGCAGAGGCCACUUCUCCUCUUCAGGAGGGGAACUCUGAAUCCCUCUAUCAGUUGGGGACCUGGAACCCAGAAGUUACUCUCUCUUUGGAGGGGACCUUGAACUUAGAGGACAUUCUCUACCUGGGGGACCCAGUUGACCUUGACGAGGCCCUGUAUGUGGAGGAGACCGAGAAGCCGGAGGAGACGCUGCAUAUUGAGGAGACCAGGCUGCCGGAUGAGGCCCUGUAUGUGGAAGAGCCCGUGAAGCCGGAGGAGAUGCUGUACGUGGAGGAGACUGUGAAGCCGGAGGAGAUAGUGUGUGUGGAACAGACCACGAAGCCAGGAGAGACCACAAGCCCAAAGCCGAUCGCCUAUGGGGGAGAGACAGUCCCGAGUGAGGAGAAACCUAACCCUGAGGAGAGCCUCAGAGCCAAGCCAAAUCCCAGCACAGAUGGGAGCCUGAGCUUAGAGGACCUGGAGUUGCUGGAGGGGCGUUUCCAGCAGUGUGUCCAAGCCGUGGCCCAGCUGGAAGAGGAGAGGGAUCAGCUCAUCCAUGAGCUCGUGUUGCUCCGGGAACCAGCCCUGCAGGAGGUGCAACAGGUCCACCAGGACAUCCUCGCUGCCUACAAACUGCACGCCCAGGCAGAGCUGGAGAGGGAUGGGCUGCGGGAGGAGAUUCGGCUUGUCAAGCAGAAGCUGUUCAAGGUGACGAAGGAAUGUGUGGCGUACCAGUACCAGCUGGAGUGCCGCCGGCAGGACGUGGCCCAGUUUGCCGAUUUCCGGGAAGUGCUGACGGCCCGGGCAGCCCAGCUCUCGGAGGAACUAGCCCAGCUCCGGGAUGCCUAUCAGAAGCAGAAGGAGCAGUUACGGCAACAGCUCGAAGCACCUCCAAGCCAGAGGGAUGGGCACUUUCUCCAGGAGAGCCGGCGGCUCUCUGCCCGGUUUGAGAACCUCAUGGCAGAGAGCCGUCAGGGCCUGGAGGAGGAGUAUGAGCCUCAGCUACUGCGGCUCCUGGAGAGGAAAGAAGCUGCGGCUAAAGCCCUGCAGAAAACCCAGGCCGAGAUCCAGGAGAUGAAGGAGGCUCUGAGACCCCUGCAGGCAGAGGCCCGGCAGCUCCAUCUGCAAAACAGGAACCUGGAGGACCAGAUCACCCUUGUGAGACAAAAACGAGACGAGGAAGUGCAGCAGUACAGGGAACAGCUGGAGGAAAUGGAAGAACGGCAGAGGCAGCUAAAAAGUGGGGUACAGCUCCAGCAACAGAAGAACAAAGAGAUGGAGCAGCUAAGGAUCAGCCUUGCUGAAGAGCUCUCAACUUAUAAGGGCUGUUUAGAAAUGUACGGUCGAAUCUGUAACCAAGAAACAACCAAAAAAAACUUAGCAAAGGAUCACUAAGUACCUUUUGGACAAUCUUUUUUUCCAAACAGAAGGGAGUGCCAGGGACUUGGCAAGCACUUCACCCUGGGAAAGUUACAAACACUGGCUGACCUGUUUAAAAAAGAUUCUGGAGGCAGAAUACUAUCAGUCAACUCUUAGCUGGAUUCUAUUUCAAUGGCUGCUGGUACUGAUCUCAAUGCACUGAGGAAUGGAAAAGUGAGUCUCCCAUCACCCAGCAGCAACCUUCCAUAUGUACAAUAAGUAGAGGAUGAAUGUACAGACAUACCUUCAGUGCUGUGAAGAAUGUACCUUGUCUUGUGUUGACCCAAACCAAAAGCUUUUUUUGGAACACAGGUGGGAUCUUUAAAAAAAGGCAGCCAGUUUUCAUUACAGUUGACCCUUGAACAACAUGGGGAUUAACUUGCAUAUAUCCAAGGUUGCUCCAUAUCUGUGGAUUCAACCAACCACUAGAGUAGUACUGUGGUGUUUACUAUUGAAAAGUAUCUGUGGACCUGCACAGUUCUAGCCCUCGUUUUCAACGGUCCACUGUAUUUGGGUUUACAGUUUGAAUUCUUUUGUGCCAUGAGAGUUAAGAGUUUAAAUGAAUCCUUUUACAAAGUUAAUUUUUCUUUAAGUCUGUGCCGAUUUGUGUAGAUUUACUCUUGUAUAAAGGUAAUUUUCACUAUACUCUAAAAGAACUACAGACUUAGAAAAACAACAACAACAACAACAAACCCAAUCGAGAUUUCCCUAAGGAUCUUACUCAUGAAAAUGAUUCUGGGUCAGAGUGAUGUACUCAGUUAAAUUGGGUGAAUGGCAAAGAACCAGCCAUUUUAUCUAGAUAUGGCACCUGGCUUUAAAGAGCCUAUUUUUCUAACCUCUAAGUACAGGCCCCAGUGAAAAACACACUGGGGAGAUUCAACCUCUCUAUGAGAAAAGGUCAAACACCUUUUCCAAAUUUAAUAUUGCCUUAAAUUCUGCCACACUGCCUUUGAUAUUCUUGAAAGUCCAUGUAGUUCUCUAGAGAUAGACUUCAAAAAGAUGUUAUUUUAUCAAAGACUAAUCUGUGCACCUCUGAUUCAGUGUUUUAUGUCUUUCACUUUCCCUGGAGUAAAGCUCUUUUCUAUACUUCUGGGUCUAUUAUAUUUAAUUCUGUUCUUGGUAGUCAAAGAGCACAGGAAAUAAAUGUCAUCUGAACAGCUCUUUUAGAAGCCACAGAUGUGUUUGAUGGAUGUUAUACAUUAAAUAAAACCCAUAAGCAUGGG